AUAAACAACUUCUUCAGAAAAUUUUCCAGAAAAUUCCUCUUCAAUUGAAUUUAUCUUUGACCUAGAGACGAUAAAUCAGCAAGCACCUUUUCGGAUUUCCAGUGAUCUUCGUGAACCAACAAUGGCGAACGAAUCCCCUCAUCCUCCUUCUCCGGCUCCGAAUUUUCCCGCCGAAAAGACGAAGACGAACCAGGAGUCGCGGAACGGAGCACGGAAGGACGCCGUUUACAAGACGAAGGAGAUUACGUUUCGUGGCCUAAAGAAGCGAAUCAUCCUCCAGAACAAGAAUGGACCUUGUCCUCUGAUCGCCAUUUGCAAUGUUCUUCUCUUGAGAAACAAGAAGAAUCAAUAUCUGAAGGAAGAAGUAUCUCAAGAGAGAUUGCUGAGCCUUGUGGAUCGUGCACUGUUCUAUAGCGAUGGUGAAGAGUACACCAAUGCCAUUAAGCUCCUCCCACGCUUUGCAGAAGGCAUCAAUGUCAAUAUCAGAUUUAGGAGGAUCGACGAUUUUGAGCUGACACCUGAGCUAGAUAUAUUUCGUUUACUGGAGAUUGCUUUAUACCACGGAUGGAUUGUUGAUCCACAGGAUGUUGAAACUGCUACUGCAAUUGGAUGCAAAUCUUAUAAUGAUCUGAUGACCGAGCUUGUUACCUUGAAGAUUCCAAGCAGUCAAAGUUCUGGAGAAUGCUCUGUUGAUCCUUCACAGAGUUGCUCCAAAACAAGAUCUUUUGCUUACUCUACACCUACAUCUGCAGAGCAUAGUAGAUUGGGAAGGGGAGAUGUUGAAGAAGAAAGAGCGUUGAUGAGAGCCUUGCGGUUAUCUGAAAGGGAAAAUCUUGGUCUUGAUACUCGCAGAGACUCGAGCAGUGGAGGAGACUCUGCGUCUGGAUUCUCAUAUGAAUAUCAAAUGCCUGGAUUCUCAAGCAGUGGAGGAGAGUCUGUGUCUGGAUUCUCAUACGGAUAUCAAAUGUCUGAGGAUGGCACAUUGUCUGAAGCUGUAACUGUUGUUAGCCCAGAUCUUGCUGGCAGAUCCCAGGAUGUUGAUGUACCCUUGUAUGAAGCUGAUGAGAAAUGUGAAAGCUUGGGUUCUCCAGUGUAUGAAGGCGAGUCACUAGUUGGACAAAGCUCUCCGGAAGGGAAGGAUGCAAAUGGACUCACGCCAGGAGAGGGUGAAGUGAUCAAAAGCUUCUUGGAAAACAAUGCCAAUCAGUUAACUUUUACUGGGCUCUUUUUCUUGGGAGAAGGCCUUAAAGAAGGUGAACUUUGUGUCUUCUUCCGCAACAAUCACUUCUACACCAUGCUCAAGCAUGACAAUGCACUCUAUAAUUUGGUUACUGAUGAAGGCUAUCAGGAAAAAGGAGAUUUGGUUUGGGAAACAUUAAACCAGGUUAAUGGUGAUUCGGUCUUCAUGACUGGUGACUUCAAGGUCUUCAAUUACAGUGGCAAAUGGGAUGAACAGGGUGCAAUUAGUAACACUGCGGAUUAUAUCUUCAACAUCAACAGAUUUUCAAAAGAAGGCAUGGAGAUUGAUCCCGAUCUGAAAAUCGCGAUGGAGCUGCAGCAACAAGAGUUGAGUGGAGGCGGUGAUUUCGAUGUACUUUAGGUGGUACGUAGUCUUCAUAGCAUCCGAAUUUACAGACUAUCCUAUAAGUAAGUGUAGAUAUCACAAGUCGCAUGUUCAUACGUAAUAGCUCUGUUAGUUCUUAGUAAUUAGUACAUAUAUACGUUUUCAUGUCAUUCCAUAAACAUAAGGAGACAAAUAAA